UGUCAUCGACUCGUAGGCUGUAGCACACAAUGUCCUGUAUACGUCGUACGUAGUCGUACGGCCUGGGCUUUCCUCGUCACGCAGACCCUCACUCCCGUCUAAUAUUCAGAACAUCUCACUCCUACUUCCCGCCUCAUCUCAUCAACAAGAGCCCCAGCUUUCGAGCUAAACCAGUCGCUUCUCUUCCCGGCACUACUAACUCUUGUAUCAACCUCACAUCAACGGCUCUUAAGCUUCUUCUCUCCACCAAACAAGCAAUCAGCCAAAAUGCGCUCCUUCGCCAUCCUCUCCGCUGCCGGCCUUGCCGCUGCUCAAUUCACCUCCAUCGUCAUCACCGACGGCAUCACGGCCACCCUGACCCUCCCGACCUUCCCUGAGCCCACCGCCACUGCCAUCGUCACCGAGACCGUUCCCUUGACCACCGUCACUGUCUCUCCCUCCGCCUCCGCCGAGCCCGAGCCCUCCACGACCGUGAGCGUCCCGGAGGGCACCACCACUGUCUCGGAAGGCAUCACCACCGUCCCGGGAGGCAUCACGACCACCACCCAGGUCGUCGUCAGCGACCCUCCCGUCACCGUGACGACGCCCAUCGUCGUUCCCACCGGCACUGACCCCGUCGAGACUCUGCCCUCCAUCACCGACUCUGUCAUUCCUUCCAUCACCGCCGUCAUCCCCCCUCUCAUCAACACUACUCUCUCAACCCUCACCCAGACUUACUUCACCUCGUCCCCCAACGCCACAACCACCGGCCCCGUCACCGUGCCCACCGCCGCCGCCGACAAGGUCCAGAGCUCUGCUGCUGGCCUCAUCGCCUUUGGCAUUGCCAGCUUCUUCCUUCUGUAAGGGAUUGAAAACCAUCACGGGAUAUUUGAAUAAUGAGAGCGGGGGUCUUUAUUGAUGUUUCACGCUCGAAAUGGGAACCAUGAGGAAGCAGAACAGCACUUGCUUGGACAUGUAUUAUGACUUUUACGGCUUGGAGCAACGGCGUUGGAAAUUCUGCAUACGAUGAUGAAGCAUGGCCAUCAUGAAUAGCAUUAAUGCGGCUAAUUAAUUACAAAAAAUUAACAGUUUCCAUAUAUAUUUCGCUCU